CUUUUUGGGCUGGUGACGUCAGUUGUUGCAGAGUCACUGCAGACGAUUUGACUGUAAACAAGAAGCUUCUGACAGAGAAAGUUCCUGAUCCAGUUCGACUCAUCCGAGCAUUUCAUGUUAGGAGGCAUUUAAAAACUGGAGUUUGUCCAUCUGCGGUUCCGUAGAAACUCCUCCAGGUUCUGAGUCUGCAGAGUUUUUUUUUUUUUUUCUUGGUUCGUAUUUUGGCGAAGUCAGCUCGAGCCCUAGCUGUUGCCCUUUAGCUUCUCUGAAACCACCCAGAAUCUUCUGGACUCUUCUGGACUUCUGCUUGGUGUGGCCUGGACAACCCGAGCCCUGGGUGGCUGGUCGGAGCAGCCUCCUCCAACCAUGGAGGCGGGAGGUAAAGACUGCGAGGAGGAGACGCUGCAGACGGCCUUUAAGAAGCUGAGGGUCGAUGCUGAGAGUUUGUCUGGAGCUGUGAGCGUCUCUGAUUCGUUGGCUCCUAGAGCAGCGUCCAGAGUGGUUCUGGACGGAAGCAGUGGAGCCAAAGCCAAACUCAGCUGCUCCAAGGAAACCUGGCACUGCUGCACGAGGAAAACCAGCAGAGGGACUUCAUCCAGGACCAGGCGACGGAGGUCCAAGUCUCCCAUCCUCCACCCUCCGAGGUUCACCUACUGCAGCAGCGCAGCCUCAGCUCUGGCGCCCCCCGGUGGCUGCCUGAAGCAGCAGCGCCUGGCCUUGUCUGAGUCUGCAGAACCUCAAGCGGCAGUUGAUGAAUCUCCUGGGUCCUCUGCUGGGCCUCCGGUUCAGACGGAGCGGUGCUCCUCAGGCCUGUUGGGCCGUGGCUCUCCUGUGAUCUUUGGAGUUCGCCCCAGUUAUGACACACGGAUGGGGGGCAUGGGUUCCUCGCCAUCCUUACCGCAGAUCACCACAGCAGCGAAGUCCCCGCGGUGGGAGGGUAGAAGCUCCAGAGAGGCCCGGUCAAGUGAGGAGAGCGGCACAGAUAAUGGUUCCCCUGAUCGAGCGGGAGCUUCGGCGCCUCUUGGAUCCAACACUGCAGACUUUAGAGCUCUGUCGGAGCUCCACAGUCGCAGCUCCUCAGACGGGCCCCUGGCCCCCUGCUCCUGCUGCCAGGGCAGUGAGUCAGAACCCAGGGAGGAGAGCCAGCCGGAAACCAGACAGCGGUGCCACUGCAGGUCGCAUGCUCCUGGUUGGAAGGAUGUGGAGGUCUACUCCUUCACCGGGCUCCGCAGCGUCAUCUCAGAGUGUGAAGGGAGCCUUUCGGUCCAGGAGGAGGAAUCCAGAACUCUGAGCAGUACUUCAUCGUCCUCGCCGCUGUCAUCCGGCUCACCUCGCUCGUGCUCAGAGCAGGCGCGAGCCUACGUAGACGACAUCACGAUAGAGGACCUUUCUGGCUACAUGGAGUAUUACCUCUACAUCCCUAAGAAGAUGUCCCACAUGGCUGAGAUGAUGUACACCUAAAGGACAAGUGACCUUCAUCCCAUCUGCAGUCAUGAAGUUACAGCUUGUGUUCUGAGGGGGAGCGGAGGACGGAACGAGGACUAAAGAUGGCCCAACUGGGGUUUAAUCUGGAUUAUACUGGAACCAUCCCAGGCGACGGUCUCUUUAGGUCCAGCUUGUUUUCAAUGUGUUCUGUCAAUCUCUUUGUUUUCCAGAUUUAAUGUUUACACUUGAAGUUGCCAAAGCUCUCCUGAGCUAACAUUUUAAGACCAGCUGGGAUUUUGUCUGUGGUUCUUUGCUCAAUAAAGAUGCUGAAUGCUCUGC